GAUUAUAUCUCCCUAGCACUCGUCACAACAAUCAAAAUCAUAAGUUAAACAAUUAUUCAAAAAUUACAUUGAUUUUCAAAAAAAUUAUUAUGUUAUAAACUAAUUUUCCUAAUAAUAAUCUAUUAAGAUUUAAAUGUUUACUAUCAAAAAUACAAGACUAAAAUAAAUUAACAUGGAUAUUGUUCUAAUGGGAACGAACCGAGGUCGUUCAAAUGGUCAUGCUGAUGAGAUUUCAUUCCAAAGUUUUAUUGAUAUGGAAACUCUAAGUGACCGCUUAACAUUAUUAAAUUAUGAAGAAUAUGUUAUCAAUAUAUUGAAAAUGAGACUAAUUAAUAGACAUUAUUUUGCUCUGCAAACUAAUUCAGGAGAACAAUUUUUUAUGUUCACUUCUCUUGCCGUUUGGUUAUUGAAUAAACUAGGAAGUGAUUUAAAGCAACCUCAUGAGUUUGAUGACCCAAACAUUACAAUCAACAAUAUUUUAGAACACUGUUCCAAUUUAGAUUUGUUCACUGAUAUUCCAAUUAAUCAGUUAAAACAAGGUUUUGGUAAACAUAUCAUAACAGUUUUGAAUGGACUUGCUGAAUUAGUUAUUAGGAAGAACAAAUUUAUAUUCAAUAAACCAAAUUUUCCUUCUGAAAAAGAUGUAAAAGAAGAAAUUGAUGAAAAUAAUGCAGAAUUAUUAUUAGAUCAUGUUGAAGAAGAGAUGAUUUGGGUUGAUUCAAGCUCAGAUGAAGAAAAUAUAAUAAAUCUAAAUGAACUCUCUAAUUUAAACAAAAUAAAAAGAACAAGAAAUAAAAUGAAUAGUAAUUUAAAAGUUCCUACAACUAAUAAAGAAGAGUGGAAUAUGGAAGUUGAACAAGUUUUACCUUUAUUAAGAUUAACAAUUAAAUUAGAUUCAAAAGAUUGGAGAGCUAAUUUGCAUAAAAUGAAUGAAUAUAAGCUUAUAAUGGACAAAACUUUAAAAGUUAUAAAGCCACUUUUAAAUAAUCUUCAUGAUAAAUUGGAGGAAACUAUAGAAAAAGUUUAUAGUCGUGAAAAAUAUUUAAACAGCACUUUAGAUAGUUUAUUAAUUGACUAUCGUAAUUCUCAAGUUGAACUUGCACUAGUAAGUGAACAAUAUGAAUCUUCAAAUAAUGGUAUAAUGGAAAGACAAGAAUUAUUGACUAAAAUUACAGAACAAUUGGAUGUUGUUAAACAAGAAAUGGAUGAAAGGGGUUUAAGUAUGACUGAUGGCACACCGUUAAUUAAUAUAAAGAAAGCUAUUUCUGAAAUUAAAACAGACAUUAUGAAAAUGGAUGUACGAAUAGGCAUUUUACAACAUGGUUACUUAGUAUCUAAGAUGCAUAAUAAAACAGUUAUUCAAAAUAUUACAGUCAGAAUGAAACCAUUGUUUACUAGUAAUAAGAGGAUGUCAUAAACUGAAUACAGCGUUUGCUGCCAGAGGUCUAUUGUUGGUUGUAAACCAGUAGAUAGGCUAGGGCUAGAAAGCAGGGAUAUCUUAAUUAGACUGGGACUUUCUAUGAAAAUAGGCGGUUGAUAAGAGAGAGAAGGUAUCUGUGUAUUAAGCAUGCUACAAGAUAUAAGGUACCGUGUCAAGAACAGGAGACAUUUAUAUUGUUAUUAUUAUUUAAAUUGAGACAUUUUUUAACAUCAAUACAAAGCUGAGAAGGUAU